AUGAACGCUCUGUAUGAAGAAAUUAAGAGUCGCAUAUCCAACCACAACGAGUGUAACGACCCUAAAGGCACGCAUUGCAAGUACAGCCGAAACCAGACUCAAUGGUGCACAAACCUGGAUCCGGGCUACUACUGCAGGUGUAAUCCGGGAUGGAAGGGAACCGACUGUGACAAAAACGUAAAUGAGUGUAAUGAAUGGGACAAUCCGUGCGGCCAUAAUGCAACGUGCAGUGACGGUUAUGGCACCUACUUCUGCAAAUGUGACAGAUAUUUCACUCAAGGAGAUCCAUAUGUUGGAUGCUUCAAACCGGUCAUGUUGGACUUCAAAAAGGCGCCAGAAGUAUGUGCCAAUGGUGAUAACGAAAUUUUGGACCCCAUAAAUAUUCCAAAUGGGCGUUUUCCAUAUCUCGGAAAGUACUUUGACGUAUUUCGGGUACGUAUUAUAAAUAAUGCAACCGGUGUUUAUCCGUAA